AUGGCGAAUGUGACGCGUCGACUGUCUACUUGCGUCGAUGCUGGCGCUAUUGCAAUGGAAUUACGUACAUUUCUACCAGGUUUAAUCCAUAGCAAAAACAAGGAAGCAGUUCUGGAUGAAGUCGUGGCGUUUCUAACGGCGUCAGAGGAUCGCUGGACCACUGUAACCAAGACGUUGAUUUCGGACUUAAGCGGAGAUUCCUCGGAGCACGAGAUACUAUUGCAAUUACUGGAUCGUCUGUUGUCCUGGACAAUGCAAGAAGGAUUACAGAAGAAGAAUAGGAUACGGCGUAUAGUGCUACAGUUUUUUCAGCACGCCAUUCGUCGUCUUGGUGAUGCAAGAGACACGCAAAGAUGGCUUAAGUGGGGAGACCAAGUAUUGGCUUUUGUCUACCAGAAUGCAGCAUUAUUAACGAAUCCGAAGCGAUUGAAGACUCGAGAACAGCCACAAGAAGACGUUGGAGAGUUGAGAUGCUGUGUGGUAAACAUUGUGACGUUGCUAAUGCAGUUACGCAAUCAAGUGGAAGGAGGUGAUGACGUUACGCACGAUUUGAAGACAUCGACAUUUAUUUGGAAGAACUUGGCGAAAUUGGCAACGGCCUUUGGUCUGACACUAGUAGAUAAAGCGGCGGCUACUGUUGAAGACGAUCAUGCAACGACAUUUAGUGUGGAUGAGCUGAUACUUGCUGUGAUAGCAUCGGUGGAGAGGAGUGCUGGGCAGCUAUUGCGUGUGUUGGAUAAGAAAGCCGUUUUGGACGUUGGUGUAUUAAAGUUUUUGAAGCUGUAUUGGCGAGCGUUCCAGCGUUUGGUCGUCGCUUUUAGCGAUAUGUUGGAGUGCGAGCUGGAAAAUUGCGUCUUGGUGAUUGUUAAUGUGACUGCAAGCUUGCUUUAUGCAGCACAACAUGGUCGAGUCCUAGACACACCAAAAACAGGGCAGGAACUGCGUGCUUUAGUUGAUCAAGCGCUGGAGAUUACCACGAAGCUGGCGAGCAAUGCCGACGGCGCGAUAAAUUGCCAGAAGAGAUCAAACAUUCGCAUAUUACUAUGGCAUCCUGCUGCUGAUAUGGUGCGUGCAGUGGGGCAACGUCAGCCGUCAGAUAUAGCAAAUUUGCAAGUUGAAAGUUCAAUCAGAUGGAGUCACCUGCUUGUUCUCACUGCCUUUACAACUGUGGGUGGAGACAUUUCAAUGGUCGAAUCUGAUAGCAAUAGGUUAUAUGAUGAUUCUGACCGAGCUGUAGAAGUCACGCAACUGUUUUCACGGUACCGAGAAUGUGCAGUGACAGAUUCACACUCACGCUCGAUUGACGUAACAGAGCUGGUCAUGGAUUUGGUGCUAGAGUACUUUUUGAAUUUUGAAAAUGUCGCGGAAGUGCAGCUCACGCUUAUAAAACAAACUCUGUAUCCGGACUGGAUGCAACGUACGGUGUGCUGGGAAGUAUGGCGAGAACUUCUAUGUUUCUGUUGGGACGAAACUCUUGCUGUGCAGGCUCUCCGAAUGCUUGUUGAUGUUACCCAGUGGGACGACGGUAGCUGUGAUAAGUCGUUUGUGCUUGCGAGUGGAGUGAUGGACGAGAUUCUCCAGUUGAUUGCUUUUAUCUUUGCUGAUAUGCCUACAUCACUCCAGGAUGUGUGUAUGGACCAAGCGACCGCAGGUAUCGACGUAAUCAUCAGUGAAGGUCCAGGCCAUCACUUCAAUUUGCGGGUAGCGUCACAGUUACAUUUACUGGAGAAGCUGGCUGGUGUUCAUUUCCUGCAUUCGUAUAACGGACCGAUGAAGGAUGACUGGGUUGCCAAGUAUCUUCCAAUAUGUUUUGAGUGUUGUGGUACAAUCCUUGAUUUUUUAUCAUCUGGAGUAAAAGCAACUACAGCCAAACGUGACGGUAUUCUCGGAAUGAUACGCGUGCUUGACAUGUGCCUCCUCGUAUUUAGAGGCGUGUUUGACGACAUGGAGGCACAACAAGAUGGCAUUGCAGAACUUUCAAUCAUUUUGGUUUGUAUGUCAACCGAGGCAUUAUCACAGCUUGCAGCACAUAGCAAGCAGACCGAGGGCUCGCAAAUCAUCGCAAGUGGGUUUCAGUCACAGACAAAUCGUACCAAUAGAAGCGUGGCGCUAGAGAAGGUUGCAUCGCGCUGCAUUGGACGAGCUACUGAAACAUCCUUGUACUUACUUUCAAAACUUGGACUUGUGCUCAAGUCCAAUAAGAAUAAUCAAUGCGUGCAAGUGAUGAAGGAUCUGCUUACGAUUAUUGAUACUGCACACUAUUUGGAACAGAAUGGUGCUCUAAGUGACACUCUGAUCAUUACGACACGAUUUGUGAACGCUACAUUAUUUGAUCUGCAAGUAGCUAGCGAUGACACGGCCGUUGUCUGGAAACUGAUGCUUGCUCUGUUUCAAAAGCUUUUUGCUUCUGCCCGCAUUGCCAGUCGUCAGACGACAACACUAUUACUUUCAGAGAUAUUUGAUGCUUUGUACAAAUUCAUUGCUCAUUCAAACGUUGUGGAGCUACCAAGUGUAUCUCUUCGAACACUUUUAGCUAACGAAUAUCAGCCGUUUCUACAACAUGUGUCGAUACGAAAGCUUGUUCCGGAAGAUGUAGCAAAGGCGUUGGACACAGCUCAAUCUAGUAUGUUGCAGGCUUUGAAACGGAGUCAGAUUUCUCAUUACCAUGCCUUUAGAGACCGGUUCCCUGAUGAGCCGGCAGAACUGUAUGCAGAAUGUGAUCAAUCUGGUCAAAAUAUGUCGGCAGCAGUAACCAAACGGUCCGCAGACAACUCGGAAGCCUUGCCACAAAAACGUCACAAGAUUACUCAUUUCGUCUCGCUGUGUCGAGAAAUCGAGUCCGUGCUCUCGUCUGUGGGGGAUAAUAAAACUGCUGCAAGUAUCUUGUCUGGAAAGGAGUUAGAAGACGCCACCGCAGUGCUACAAAAAUUGCUUGCAAAAACUAUCACAUUGUGUCCAUGA